ACAAGGAGAAUUUUAAUCUUAAUGCCUCUCAUUUGGAUGUUGCUGUUGUCAGGCCAUCUGGCUGAGAGUGUCCCGGAGAAGCCGCAAAGAUCGGCUUUGAAUCAGCUGACCAGAACCCUCCUGAGGAAGUAUGACUGCGGAGUCCGCCCCGUUCACAACUGGACCAGCGCCACCACCGUCUACGUUGACCUCAUCCUACAGUCCAUCCUGGACGUGGACGGAAAAACCCAGACUGUGACCACAAGUAUUUGGUAUAGACAGAUCUGGGCUGAUGAGUUCCUGGUUUGGGACCCGGAUGAAUUUGACGGCAUCAAGGAGAUUUCCCUGUCUUCCGACGCCAUCUGGGUACCCGACAUCAUCGUCAGCGAGUUCGUGGACGAGGGCACGUCCGCGCCCAUCCCGUACGUCUACGUCAACUCCUCGGGCUGGGUGAAGAACUACCGGCCCAUGCAGGUGGUGCUGGCCUGCAGCCUGGAGAUGUACGCCUUCCCCUUCGACAAGCAGAACUGCAGCCUCACCUUCCGCAGCUGGCUCCACUCAGUGAUGGAAAUUGACCUGGCUCUGUGGAGGAGCGCCGAAGACAUCGCUACUGAUCAGAGGGAGUUCAUGAAUGACGGCGAGUGGGAGCUGCUGUCCGUACCGUCACGCUACUGGCGCCUACAACAGGACGGCGCCGACUACGCCCACGUCGGCUUCCAUGUCUUAAUCCGACGGCGCCCCCUGCUGUACGUGGUCGGCCUCCUCAUUCCCAGCAUCUUCCUCAUGAUAGUGGACGUGAUGGGCUUCUACCUCCCCGUGAGCAGCGGCACCCGCGUGGUCUUCAAGAUCAGCACGCUGCUGGGCUACACCGUCUUCCGGGUCAACCUGACGGACGACCUGCCCGCCACCGCGCUCGCCACGCCGCUCAUAGGCAGGGUGACCUCACGUGUCCGCCUCUGAACUCCCUCGAACCCUGAAUCCCCUCUGUGUCAAGGUGUGUUCUUCGCCGUGUGCAUGGCCAUGCUCAUGCUCAGCCUGAUCAAGUCCAUCCUGGUGGUGAAGCUGCUCCACCACGGUGAGAAGGAGGUGCGGGAACUGUCGGUGUCGGCCUGCCUCUUGGACAGGUACGGCCUCACGGAGAGCACUUUGACCUCCACCGGGACCCUCGACCAGCUCAACCCAUCUGGAGAUUACGAGUUAGAGGCCUCGCUGGGGGAGGACCUGGAAUCCCUGGUUGACGUCCCGGACAAUCCCUCCAGCCUGGAGCGGCUCCUCCGGGAGCUGCUUUCCCUGCGCUCGGCCUUUUCCCAGGAGGACGGCGAGUCCUGGUCUCAGGAUGAAUGGCUGGCACUGUGCACCAAACUGGACCGCUUCCUCUUCCGCCUCUACCUGAUGGUGCUGGCCCUCUACGCCGGGACCCUGACGCUGCUCUGGGCCAGCUGGAGCUUCGCCUGACAACACCUUGUGUGCAGCCAUGUCAAGGUUAUUUGAGUAUACC